AUGGCCUCGACGGCUUCCUCGGCUGCACCAGAGAACGGCGCCAAAGAUGACGCCGCUCCCAAGCCCGUCAUCAUCGUGGGCGGCGGCCUCGCCGGCCUGGUCGCCGCCUUCGAGCUGGCCCAGCGCAAGGUGCCCACCCUCAUCCUCGACCAGGAGAAUGAGCAGAACCUCGGCGGCCAGGCCUUCUGGUCGCUCGGCGGCAUCUUCGUCGUCGACUCGACCGAGCAGCGCCGCCUGGGCAUCAAGGACUCGCGCGAGCUCGCCAUGCGCGACUGGUUCGGGUCGGCCCAGUUCGACCGCGAGACCGAGGACCAUUGGCCGCGCAAGUGGGCCAAGGCCUUUGUGGACUUUGCCACCGAUGAGAUGGAGCCGUACGUCAAGGCGAGGGGCCUGGGUUUCUUCUAUGGCGUGUCGUGGGCUGAGAGGGGAGAUGGCCGCUCAGAUGGGCACGGAAACUCGGUCCCGCGGUUUCAUAUUACUUGGGGGGCUGGGCCUGAGACGGUCAGGGUGUUUGCUGAGCCUCUGAGGAAGGCUGAGAAGGAGGGCAUCGUGUCCUUCAAGUUUAGGCACGCUGUAGAUGAGCUGAUCAUUGAUGAGACGACUGGAAGGGCGAUUGGAGUGCGGGGCAGGGUGCUGGAGGAGGACAACUCCCCCCGCGGUGUCAAAUCUUCACGGGUUGAGGUGGACAAGUUUGAGAUUUACGGCUCGGCCGUGCUUGUUUCAUCGGGCGGCAUCGGCGGCAAUGUCGACGCCGUCAAAGCUGCGUGGCCCGUUGACAGGCUGGGCCCCAAGGUGCCGGACUUCAUGGUGCGUGGUGUGCCGGCCCAUGUUGACGGCCGCAUGAUCGACAUUUCCGAGUCGGCUGGCGCCAACAUCAUCAACCGUGAUCGUAUGUGGCACUACACCGAAGGUAUACAGAACUGGGAUCCUAUCUGGCCUGAGCACGGCAUCCGCAUCCUCCCGGCGCCAUCGUCUCUCUGGCUCGAUGCUACGGGCAAGAGAUUGCCCCCGUACCUGUUCCCGGGCUCGGAUACCCUCGCCACGCUCAAGCACAUUUGCAGCACCGGCUACGACUACAGCUGGUUUAUCCUAGACCAAUCCAUCAUUAAGCGUGAAUUCGCGCUGUCUGGAUCAGAACAAAACCCAGACCUGACUGCCAAGAGUAUAUGGACACUCCUUGUAAGCCGACUGUUCAACGGGAAGGGACCUGUUCCCGUCCAGAAGUUCCAAGAGAAUGGUGCCGACUUUGUCGUCAGUGAGACUCUCGAGGAAUUGGUGGCCGGCAUGAACAAGCUCGGCAAGGAACGCAACGGACCCGAGCUUGAAUAUGAGAAGAUCAAGGAGGUCGUGGAUUCCCGCGAUGCUCAGUUUGACAACCCAUACUCCAAGGACGCCCAGGCCAUGCUGAUCAACAACGCGAGGAACUUCUGGACAGAGAAGCGAACACGAGUGGCGGUCCCCCACCGUCUCCUCGACAAGGCCCAUGGGCCUCUUAUUGCCGUCCGGCUCAACCUGCUCACGAGAAAGACCCUCGGUGGCAUUGAGACCAACCUCAGCAGCAACGUCAUGAGGGCGGAUGGCAGCGAGUUCCCGGGUCUGUACGCCGCUGGCGAGGUGGCCGGUUUCGGUGGUGGCGGUGUCCAUGGCUACAACGCGCUCGAAGGUUCUUUCGUGGGAGGGUGCAUCUUCUCUGGACGUGCCGCCGGGAGGGCGAUUGCGGAUGAGCUUCAGGCUCAGAACAAUUCAAAGCUAUGA